AUGUCUCCUUACGGCGUUGACUCUGAAAUCUGCUCUGACCGCCGCUCGCGCAGCAGCUCGCCCGACCCGCUGGCCUCGAAUGCCGGUACAGCUCUUCCUUACGCCACACGCUCGGCCCUCCAUCUCAAGGGCCUGGUUCCAUCGGGUGUCGAGAACUUUGUCAUGCAGGAGCAGCGCGCCCUCGAGCAGUUAAACAUAAAAAGCACAAAUUUGGAAAAGUACAUUUUCCUCUCGUGGCUGCGCUCGACCAACAUCAACCUGUUCUACCGCCUGGUGCUGCACAACCUCAAGCAGAUUGCACCCGUCAUCUACACGCCGACAUACUCGCACAUCUACCCGUUCCUCGCGCCGCCCAACGCCGUCGACGGGCUGUACAUUUCGCUGAACGAGGUGGAAACAUUGCCGAGAUUAUUGCCAACUACCGGCGACGAGCCAGAGAUUACCGUGAUUACGGACGGCUCGCGGAUUCUUGGCCUGGGCGACCUCGGCAUGAACGGCAUGGGCAUCCCCGUUGGCAAGCUUCAGCUGUACGUGGCCGCCGCCGGACUCAACCCCAACCGCUGCCUGCCCAUUGUGCUAGAUUUUGGAACGGAUACGGAAAAGUACCUUGAGGACCCGCUGUAUCUGGGCAUCCGUCACACCCACCGAGCACGCUUUGGCCUGCUCGAGCACUGGCGCCGCAAGGCCCUGUGCUUCAACGACGACAUCCAGGGCACCGGAUGUGUCAUCCUCGGCGGCUUCAUCUCUGCCGUCGAGCAGGCGGGCAUCCCGCCGCAGCACCAGCGCAUCAUGUUUGUUGGCGCGGGCUCUGCCGGCGUUGGCGUUGCCAAGCAGCUGAUUGACUACUUUAUCAUUGAAUAUGGCAUCCCUGAGAGUGAGGCCAAGGCCAUGUUCUGGUUUGUUGACUCGCGUGGCAUGAUCACGGCCAACCGCGGCGACAAGCUUGCCCAGCACAAGGUAUACUUUGCGCGCACAGACAAUGGAACCAUUCAGUGCAAGAGUAUUGAGGAGACCCUGGAAUAUGUCAGACCGACAGCACUUAUUGGCCUGUCGACCAUCUACAAGGCCUUCAGUGAGAAGAUUCUCCGCCGCAUGAACGAGAUCAACGCGCAGUCGCGCCCUAUCGUCUUCCCACUGUCCAACCCUGAGACCAAGGCUGAGUGCACGUUUGAGGAGGCCAUGCGCUGCACCGACAACCGCGUGCUGUUUGCGUCUGGUACGGCAUUCCCUGAGUACACCAUCCCGGGCACUGACGACGUUCGCGUGCCGGGCCAAGGAAACAACAUGUACGUGUUUCCAGCCAUCGGGCUUGGCGCCGUCCUUUGCAAGCCCAUCUGUAUUACCGACACAAUGAUAUACGCUGUGUCCAAGGCCCUGGCUGAGUCCCUCAAUGCCGAGGAGAAGGGCAAGGGUGAGCUGUACCCGCGCAUCGAGCGCAUUCGCGAGGUGUCCGCCCAGCUCGCCGCUGCAUUUAUCCGGCAGGCCGUGCGCGAGGGCCUGGCCAAGGACACCAAGUGGGUCGAACUGUGCCCGCCUUGGCGUUCUCCUGGUGCUCGUGCUGGUGGUAGUAGUGGGAGCGGUCGUGGAAAUGGCGCCUCUUUCCGUCGCAGUCCACCUCGUGGCCCUCCUGGUCGCGGUCCAGCGACAGGUGGUCAAAGGCGCGCGCAAGACCAGCCGACGGGUUGA